CCCUCCUGGCCGUGUCUUCUCGCUCUGUCUUUAAGGGCGAUGUGGCGCCACAUCCAGACGACAUUAUUUACAUGUAACCGCCCCGCUUUAUUCGUCCCCCUCGGUUUCAACGUAGCGAUUAUUUUUCAGUUUUGAAAGCGCCUAAACACAUCUUUGUCAGGGGAAACAUGCCUCGCAGACAACAGAGACAUAUUGCAGGGAGCGGAUCUGAUGGAACUGAAGAUUCCGACUCCUCUGCUGAAAGAGAGCGGACCAAUAGUUCCGAAAGUGACGGUACCCGGCCCAAGAGACAGCGCCUCACCAGAGCCUCCACCCGUCUGAGCCAGAGUUCUCACGACACAACAGAAUUGAAGCAGACUGCCGAGCAUGACGAAUCCCCGCCACUGACACCAACAGGAAAUGCGCCAUCGUCCGAGUCUGAACUGGACAUCUCGAGUCCUAACGCGUCUCACGAUGAGGGCCAGGCCAAAGACCAGGCCAACAGGGACUCUGAUAAGGACCUCUCUCACCGACCCAAACGUCGCCGAUGCCACGAGACGUACAACUUUAACAUGAAAUGCCCCACACCUGGGUGUAAUUCACUUGGUCACCUCACAGGAAAACAUGAACGCCAUUUUGCUGUGUCUGGAUGUCCCCUCUAUCACAAUCUUUCUGCAGAUGAAUGCAAGGUAAUCAAGCUAAUUAAUCAUAAUAAUAAUUGCCAUUUGUGUGCCACUGACUCUUUUAUUUGCCAGGUGAAAGCUGUCACACGUGAGAAGCAAGAAGACGAGCUGAAGGUUCAGGAAGAGAGCAAUUCCAGACAUGCGACACGGCAUCAGACGCCAACUUCUAAGCAGAGCAGAUACAAAGAGCAAGUGGCUGAAAUGAGGAAAGGAAGGAACUCUGGCCUUCAGAAAGAGCAGAAAGAAAAGCAUAUGGAGCAUCGUCAGACGCACGGCAACACCAGAGAGCCUCUCCUGGAGAAUAUCACCAGUGACUACGACCUGGAGCUUUUUAGGAAAGCUCAGGCUCGUGCAUCUGAAGACCUAGAGAAGUUGCGCAUCCAGGGACAGAUCACGGAGGGCAGCAACAUGAUUAAGACCAUUCUGUUUGGCCGCUAUGAGCUGGACACCUGGUACCACUCGCCCUAUCCUGAGGAGUAUGCCCGCCUUGGUCGCCUCUAUGUUUGUGAAUUCUGCCUCAAAUACAUGAAGAGCCAGACAAUCCUCAGGCGACACAUGGCCAAGUGUGUGUGGAAGCAUCCUCCAGGAGAUGAAGUGUACAGGAAAGGCGCCAUAUCUGUGUUUGAAGUUGACGGCAAGAAAAAUAAGAUCUACUGCCAGAACCUGUGUUUACUGGCCAAGCUCUUCCUGGAUCACAAGACGUUGUACUACGACGUGGAGCCUUUUUUGUUUUAUGUCAUGACUGAGGCCGACAACACAGGGUGCCACUUAGUGGGAUACUUUUCCAAGGAAAAAAAUUCCUUCCUCAACUAUAAUGUUUCCUGCAUUCUCACCAUGCCACAAUACAUGAGGCAGGGCUUUGGCAAGAUGCUCAUUGACUUCAGCUACCUUUUGUCUAAAGUGGAGGAGAAAGUGGGCUCCCCAGAAAGGCCUCUGUCAGAUCUUGGCCUCAUCAGCUACCGCAGCUACUGGAAGGAAGUGUUACUGCGAUAUAUGCACAACUUUCAAGGAAAGGAGAUCUCCAUCAAAGAGAUUAGCCAGGAAACUGCUGUCAAUCCAGUGGACAUUGUGAGCACGCUGCAGUCUCUUCAGAUGCUUAAAUACUGGAAGGGGAAGCACUUGGUGUUGAAGCGACAGGACCUGAUUGAUGAGUGGAAAGCAAAAGAGGUCAAGAGAGGCAACGGUAACAAAACCAUCGACCCCAGCUCGCUGAAAUGGACCCCUCCUAAGGGGACAUGAGCACUAAGAUGCUCAGGCUACUGAAUAAACUCACCUUCACAGCCUCACCAGCCACAAGUAGCCUCAACCCCCUAAAUGUCAGUAUAGAUCAAAUUGUCCUCCUUUGUCGUUUUAUUUUCUACUUUUAUAUUUGACCCCUUGAGCGCCAUAUCUAAUAAUUAAAAUUGCCUUUUUGUUGAUGUGUCAGCUGAGUUUUGAAUGUUAAACUACAGUAGAUGACAUGAAUGUGUUCAUACACAAUGCAUAUUUACAUUAGAGGGCAGUUAAGGUUAGCGUUAGUAUGAUGUAAAAACAGACGAGAGCAGAGGAAAACGACAAUGAGAGGUCUUUGGUUGGUGGGUUAUUGUAUAGGUCAUAAUUCUUUAUUCUUUGCUCCUUCAGUACAUGAUUCUGUUCCAUUCCUCUGGUAAACCUGCCAAAUCAUGAAAUGAGAGUAUUUUGAAAACAUUGAAAACAUGGUGAUACCACUGUAUAAAAUGCACAUAAAGUCAAAUAAAACAACCUCAGGUUUUUAUACCGAUGCAAA